ACAUAAUAAAUAUUAUUUUUAGUUUUUCUAAUACUAUUUAGUAGUUUUAGUACUUAGAAUUUUCUAUUUACUAUUUAGUAUUUGAAAGUUGAUCAUUCAAUAUUCAGGAUAGCAGGCAGUUGCUGCCUGUUGGUAGCUAUUAGCCAUUAGGUCUUAUUACCGUAUUAGUGCACGUUAAACUGUUAUUUUUUUUGUUGAUGCUUGAUGAUUUUUCAUUAUUUUUUUUACUAAUUGAAUUAUUUGUGUAAACUAAUAACUCAUAAUCAUAUCUCAUAAUGGCGGUAAUAAAUAAAAAGAAAAUGGAAGUGUACUCAUCCAUGUUGAAGAAGGAUAUGAAUAUUGAAGCUAGCUAUAGUCCAACUACAAAUAUAAUGGUGUGCAAUUGUGGAUUGGUGAAUGGUCUAAGUAGAAAAGCUUUAAAACAAGUUUUUUAUCAAUAUGGUGAAAUAAAGUACAUGAUAAUGAUACCUCAUAAAUCAUAUUGUUUUAUUUCUUUUGCUGAAGUAGAGGAAGCAAUAAGAGCAUUCAAUAAUGUGAAUGGGAAGUAUAAUGGUCUCUCUAACGAACAUAAAAUCUUUAAUUUGAUUUUUACUGUUUCAAUUCCACAAACAAUAAAAAAAUUGUCAACUGCAUGCCCCAAUGGAUUAGAAAUUAUUGAGAAUUUCAUUACAGAAAAAGAAGAAAAUUUUAUUUUAGAAUAUUUGAAUGAACAUUGGUCUGGAUCAAGUUCAAUGAAACAUCGUCAAGUAAAACAUUAUGGAUAUGAAUUUGAUUAUGACCAUAAUGGUGUUCGGUAUGAUACUUGUGAACCAAUUCCUAAAGAAUUUGAAUUUAUUUUAAAUGCUAUUUAUUUGCGUUUAAAGUGGCGCCCUGAUCAAAUAACCAUUAACAAAUAUUUACCUGGACAAGGAAUUCCAAAUCAUAUCGAUAAUAUUUCAGUGUUUGAUGAAUAUAUUUUGUCUCUAUCAUUAAAUUCUGAUAUUAAUAUGGAAUUCAGAAAAGAUUCAUUCAAGCAUAAUAGUGUUUUUAUAAAAGCUAAGUCUCUUUUAAUUAUGUCUGGUGAAUCAAGGUAUGAAUGGACUCAUGGCAUAACACCCAGAAAAAUGGAUUUAAUUAGUACAGAAGAUGGUCCUGAUGUUGUUUAUCGUGGAACUAGAUUUUCUAUAACAUUUAGACGAGUAAUUGAAUUUACUAAGGUUAAAAAAGAUUUGUAUGAAAUAUUAGGUUGUGAUAAAACCACACCUUUUGAGACAUUAAAGGAUAAUUAUAAAAAAUUACUUCUUAAGGUUCAUCCAGAUAAAAGUGUUAUGUCAUCAUCAGCUGCUUGUGCUGAAUUGAAUAAAGCAUGGAGUGUUCUUAAAGACUCAGAUUUAAAAAAAAAAUAUGAUGAGGAAAUUGAACAAAAUGAUAUUAAUACAGAAGUAACAAUCUUUGAUAAUCUAAAUAUUAGUGAUUUAGAAAAUAAUGAAACGGAAGACACAUUUUCCUACAAUUGCCGUUGCGGAGGCAAGUUUUUAGUGCCUAAGUCCACGGUUGUUAAUGUUGAUCAAACAGAAUCUUUAUUAUUUCCUUGUGAUGAUUGUUCUUUAUUUGUUGAAGUCAUGUUACCAAAUUCUAAUGUUUCUAAAUAAAAAAGUAUUAAUACAAAAUGUGUAAUAUUUGUAUAAUAUGUAUAAAAAAUGAAUGACAAUUUACAAUA